CUCGAAACGAGGAGAAAAAAUCAUUAGUUAUCGAAAAUGCUCACAUGAUGUGGGCCUAACCACUAACCCAAUUAACCACACAUCUUAAUCAGAGUAAGUUGAAACAAAUCUUUCAGCAAACCCUAGAAAACAUGUUUAACCCUAGUUAUUACGUCACACCUGUUCUAUAAAUUAAGGCUGCGUCUUAUCACCUCAAAUCACAUAAGUCUCUCUCUUACAUUUUGAAACCCUAAUUUCUCUUCUUUUCCCCAAAAAAAAAUGUCUGAAGUUGAGUACCGGUGCUUUGUCGGCGGCCUUGCCUGGGCCACCAAUGAUGAAGAUCUUCAAAGGACGUUCUCACAGUUCGGCGACGUUAUCGAUUCUAAGAUCAUUAACGACCGCGAGAGUGGAAGAUCAAGGGGAUUCGGAUUCGUCACCUUCAAGGACGAGAAAGCCAUGAGGGAUGCGAUUGAAGAGAUGAACGGUAAAGAGCUCGAUGGACGUGUCAUCACCGUGAACGAGGCUCAGUCGAGAGGUAGCGGCGGUGGCGGAGGAGGCCGUGGUGGAAGCGGUGGUGGUUACCGCAGCGGAGGCGGUGGUGGAUACUCAGGAGGCGGUGGCGGCGGAUACUCAGGAGGAGGCGGUGGUGGUUACGAGAGACGUAGCGGAGGUUACGGAUCUGGUGGAGGCGGUGGUGGCCGAGGAUACGGUGGUGGUGGACGCCGUGAGGGAGGUGGCUACGGAGGCGGUGAUGGUGGAAGUUACGGAGGCGGUGGUGGCGGCUGGUAAUCAAAGAUAGAGUUGUUUGCGUGCUGCUGCUCUGUUUUUGGUUUAGAUUUGGUUUUGUGUCACCACUUCUGGUUUGGUUAUCGUUCGUUUGGUUUACUUUUUUGAUGAAACAGUUUCGUUUAAGUCUUCUUUGUCUGGAACGAAAUGUUAAUUCGCGUGUUGUUUACUAAAUUUAUAACGUUUCCUUUUAACCAGAUUCGAGAUUUUCCCUCAAAUAAUUUAUCUUGUUAGACACAUGUAUUUAAUCGAACAGCAGCUAAAGGAUUCAAAUGAUUUUCUUAUCAAUAAUUACUAUAGUUUGAAAUUGAUUAGUUCUUUAACUUUUGACCUACCAAUA